AUGUCUCUGCUUCUAAACCAACCUUUGAAGCUACUAUGCUUUCGGAGGAAACCUGUACUGGUAAGAUCCUCUCUGAUGCAAACCCCUCCUUGUUCAAUCGUCGGCGUUCAACCUUGUGGAGCUGAUCAUCUCGGGAGACUCGAUGUUAUGAUGAUGUCUCGACGCACUUGCUUGGAAAAGAAGGUGCCUCUAGAGUUGGUGCACAGUGAUCCCAUGGUAACGAUCGGGUCAUCCCAUGGUUGGGUAGCUACUUUGAAGGACGACGGUAUAUUGCGUCUCCAAGAUGAUUUUAACCCGGCUGCAUCGGAUACGAACCCUAAACGCAUUCCCUUGCCUCCUCUUGUAACUCUGCCCCAUUGCCAAACUCAAAUCGUCACCAAUGUGUCAAUGUCUUCAUCUUCUCCCGAGGAUGAGGACUGUGUCGUGGCUGUCAAGUUCUUAGGACCUCAGCUCAGCUUUUGCAGACCAGCUCAACGUAAACCCGAGUGGAUCAACGUCAGAAUCGCAAACCCCUGUUUCUACUCCUCCAGUGUCAUGUAUUCGGAGAAAGAUGACAUGUUUCGCAUUCCCGGAUCUGGAGGCCAUCUCAUUGGAUCAUGGGAUCUCGGUACACACAUGCACACACCCAAGAUUCAGAAGCUGCGAUUUAAAAAGUUUCCCAAUCUUGCAAAGACCACACGGAAGCUUCUGGAUUCUUGCUGUACAAGCGAGCACUUGGUGGAAUCACGAUCCACUGGUGGUGAAAUGUUCUUGGUUAAGUGGUACAAGAGAACCGCUGAGAUCGUCAAUGGUGUUGCGAAAAUGGGAACCGAAGCUUUGAUGGUGUUCAAGCUUGACGAACAAGGAAACGCGGUUUACACCCAAGACAUUGGAGAUCUCUGCAUGUACCUCUCAAAAUCUGAACCAUUUUGUGUCCCUGCUAGUUCCUUUCCAGGUCUCCCCUCUAACCAGGUUAUAAUCUAUGAUUUCGACGAAGCAGGAUUUUUCUUUCUGGAUAAUUUACGCUUCAUUGGUGGUAAUUCUACAUUUAAGGCUCCUUUCCAUAUUCCACCUCCAAAUAUGAACAACUAG